AUGAAAAAAACAAAAACACUAGGCAGACAGAUCAACCUCAUGUAUCAAGAUGGCCGACUUCAGGAACAUGAUCAAAUUCUGGCUAUAGAUGGACAACCAUUAGAUAUCUCUCACCAAGAAGCCAUCCGUAUCUUGCAAUCAGCACAAGGAUUGGUGGAUUUGGUGAUAGCUCGUGGACCUUUACCAGAAUUGGAAGAAGAUCCACCUGAGAUUGAUGAAGGAAGAUUAGAAGUUGUUAAUGUUGAAGAGAACUUAAACUCCCCUAAUAAUUAUCUAGCAGAGAAAUCAUUAGACGAAGACGGUGUUGAGAAAUCUGCAGACAUGGUGGUAUGUAUUAUUAUAGUAAAUGUUAUUUGUAACUAUUCCUCAGCUUCAAAAGCUAAAGAUUGA